AUGGGUGGUCAACCGUCCAAAAGCGGAGUCGCUGGCGAGGACGAGAAGGCAAUCUCACAACGCCUUCGUUCCAUGGGGUUUCCGGAGGAGUAUGACGAUGUCCAAGGUGGAAUGGGAAGCGAAAAGGGCGGAGGUCGAAGGCCGAGACGGGAUGCGGAGCCGCUACCCCUGGACGCUGUCGCACUGCUGCCGUCGUGCAUACUGAAGGAUGCCAAAAAUAGACUGGCCCUCGCCGCCCUGAGCACCGCAGACCCUCGGCAGGCUCUCAAGUCGAUUCCCGCUCAGCUCACCAAUCAACAAGUCUUCAAUAUCAAGAUCCCCUUCGAAGGAGCGCCGAUCGCGAACCAGCGCUCGAGUGGCCGCUGCUGGCUGUUCGCCUCGACCAACGUCUUCCGUGUCGCUCUCAUGAAGAAGUACAGGCUCGACUCGUUCGAGCUCUCGCAGGCCUACCUCUUCUACUGGGACAAGCUCGAAAAGGCCAACUGGUUCCUCGAGCAAGCGAUUGAUACGGCCGACGAGGAGCUCGAGGGUCGGCUGGUUCAGACGCUCAUGAGUGACCCCUCCUCCGACGGCGGUCAGUGGGAUAUGGUGUACAAUCUCGUCGACAAGUACGGCCUCGUUCCUCAGGCGCUGUACCCGGAUAGUUGGAACGCGAUGAACUCGGGCAUGCUCAACAUCAUCGUCAAGAACAAGCUUCGUGAGUUUGGCCUGAAGUUGCGGAAGAUGGCUCGCGAGGGCGACCAGUUACCACCAGCCGCUUUCAGCGGCACCAAAAUCAUAAUGCUGCGAGAGAUUCAGCAGAUCCUGACACUGCUCCUCGGCCCGCCACCGAAUCCUAUGCACGAGUUUAUGUGGCAGUACAACGACAAGGACGGCAAGGCGCAGGAGCUGACGACAACCCCAAGGCAGUUUGCCAAGAAUAUUGCGAGUCCGGAAUUCCGCAUCAGCUCGGCCGUGAUCGAGUCCAUGGUUUCGCUGGUGCACGAUCCACGCCAUGAGCCCCUCUCGCGCCUCACAGUAUCCCGGCUCGGCAACAUCGUCGGCGGCCGCGGAAUCAGCUACAUCAAUGUCGACAUGGAUACGCUCAAGUCGACGUGCGUCAAGAUGAUCAAAGCCGGCCUGCCCAUCUUCUUCGGCUGCGACGUCGGCAAGUUCAGCGAUCAAGCGUCGGGCAUCAUGGACACCGAGUUGUUCAACUACGACAUCGGCCUCGACACAGGCCUUCUCGGCAUGACCAAGGCACAGAGACUCCGUACGGGAGAGAGUCAGAUGACGCACGCCAUGGUGCUGACCGCCGUUCACGUGGACGAAGAGACCGGUAAGCCAGUGCGCUGGCGGGUUCAGAACAGCUGGGGGACGGCCCCCGGCGACAAGGGCUGGUUCGUGAUGAGCGAUGCCUGGGCAGAUGAGUUUGUGUACCAGGCCGUCGUCGAUCCUCGAUUCUGCAGCAAGGAGGUGAGAGACGUCUUGAAGAAGGAGCCUAUCGUGCUACCGCUCUGGGACCCCAUGGGUGCUCUCGCCUAG